CCUUCCCGCGUUCCCCGAGAGGAACAUGGCCGGGAGCAGCGAGGAGGCGCCAGACUACGGGCGAGGCGUCGUGAUAAUGGACAAUUGGCCAGGAUAUGACUUGAAUUUAUUCACAUACCCACAGCACUAUUAUGGAGAUUUGCAAUCUGUGCUCAUACCUCAUGGCAUCAUUGUGGACAGAAUUGAGCGCUUGGCUAAGGAUAUAAUGAAAGACAUAGGAUACUGUGACAUUAUGGUCCUGUGUGUGCUUAAAGGAGGGUACAAAUUCUGUGCUGAUCUUGUAGAACACCUGAAGAACAUCAGCCGAAAUUCAGAUCGAUUUGUCUCUAUGAAGGUUGAUUUCAUCAGACUAAAAAGUUACAAAAAUGAUCAAUCCAUGGGUGAGAUGCAGAUAAUUGGAGGCGAGGAUCUUUCAACGCUGGCUGGAAAGAAUGUCCUCAUUGUUGAGGAUGUUGUUGGAACGGGGAGGACCAUGAAAGCACUGCUCAGCAGCAUAGAGAAAUACAAGCCCAACAUGAUUAAGGUAGCCAGUUUGCUGGUAAAGAGAACAUCCAGAAGUGAUGGCUUUCGACCUGACUAUACUGGAUUUGAGAUUCCAAACGUAUUUGUAGUGGGAUAUGCCUUAGAUUACAAUGAAUACUUCAGAGAUCUGAAUCACAUAUGCGUGAUCAAUGAACAUGGUAAAGAAAAAUAUCGGGUGUAAAGAAGCAAAUUCCAGAUACCAUCAUUCUAACUAUUCAGGAAGCCAGCAUGUAAAGUCUGUCUCCCCAGGUGGCUUCACUCAACAGGAUAUAAAAGAAAAAAAAGUUUUAAGAGAGAGCUUUCCUUUCUGAGAUUAUAAUAUAAAGAGUACCAAGGUUCUUAAGGAAAAGAAAGCAGUGCUUAUAUUGACUUGUUCCAAAUUAAACACUCCACCUUGUGACUCAUAGGCUCUACCCACCUUCACACUCCUGAGCUACCCCUCCUUUUGUUUCGAUACAGUCAUUCUGCCUAAUUACUCUUCCCAGGAAAACCCCCACCCCACCUACUUACUCAAACAUUUUUCACCUAACUUUUUUCAUACUCUGUUUUUGUAGUAUUUUACAGUGUUAAGAACCUGCAAACCACUUAACUGAAGCUCUGAGGCCAUGCACUAGGAAUGAAGCUAGGUUCCCAUACUAAGAAAAGGAGGGAAAAGGCUACUUAAUACAAAUCUCUGUUUGCACAUUUCUGACAGGACAUUAGUAUCCGCUUUGACAAAGCCUUUCAGAAGCGCAGGGUACAAUGAAUCUUAAUGAUGUUAUGAAAUGAGUCUUUGCUUGGUGCUGUUGAUCUGAGCUUCCGGUUCGUGACGGCAGUAUGUCAUGUCUGCAUGGAUGUACUCGACUGUGUUGAAUACUCUGAAUUUUAAUUAGA